CCCGUUCACUCACCAUCAGUUCGUCAAUGGAGAAAUGGCUUAGUGAAAGACGCCUUUGGCUGUUCGGCACGAACCUGCCUCUGCUUCAAAGAAGGUCCCGAGCUUCAUCCAGGCAUAUGGACAAAUAUGAAAAAAUCGGAAAGUUAGGAGAAGGCAGCUACGGUGUGGUCUUCAAGUGUCGAAACCGGGAAACCAAUCAACUUGUGGCAAUAAAGAAAUUUGUGGAAUCCGAGGACGAUCCUCUCAUUAGAAAAAUUGCCCUGAGAGAAAUAAGACUGCUAAAGAGUUUAAAACACCCGAAUCUGGUGAAUUUAAUCGAAGUUUUCCGGCGGAAACGGAAGCUACAUUUGGUGUUUGAGUACUGCGACCACACGGUGCUGCACGAGCUGGAAAGACAGACGCACGGCUGCCCGAAGCACCUCACGCAGAGCAUCACGUGGCAGACCCUCCGCGGCGUGGCCUACUGCCAUCGACACAACAUCAUCCACCGUGACGUCAAGCCCGAGAACAUUCUUCUCACGUCAACUGGGAUCGUCAAACUCUGUGAUUUUGGAUUCGCCAGGGUCAUGAAUCCUGGAGAAGAUUACACUGACUACGUGGCAACGAGAUGGUAUCGAGCACCUGAGUUGUUGGUAGGAGAUACGCAGUAUGGCACGCCUGUCGAUGUCUGGGCGAUAGGCUGUGUGUUUGCGGAACUUCUCAGAGGAGCCGCUUUGUGGCCAGGAAAGUCAGAUGUGGACCAGCUUUAUUUAAUUCGUAGAACUCUAGGUGAUCUUACUCCAAGGCAUAUGCACGUAUUCAGGACAAACGAAUUUUUCCGCGGUAUCACAUUGCCAACUCCAGAUACUCUAGACCCUUUGGAAAAUAAGAUACCGACGGAUGACCGAUUAGUUCUAGAUUUUUUACAGAGAUGUUUAGAUAAAGAUCCUUUACGGAGAUGGUCGUGUGAGCAAUUACUGCAUCACCCUUACUUUGAUGAGUUAUUGUUUGACGCAGCGUUGAUCACCGAGGAACCAAUUUUAAGCUCAAGGAGAAACAGCAGGGAAAAGUCUAGGACAAAACUGGGUCCUGGUUUACCUCACCUAGCCCACAAUGGACGCAGUCCAACUGCUGGCAUCCACCAAGUUUCAUCAGUUGCAGUUCUACCGACCAUUUGACUACCGCCACUAACUCGGUUUUAACAAUCCAGUCUCGAGGACGAGUUUUGUAGGUUAACGGUUUGCUGUUAAAUCGCAAUACUGAAAGCGUUGUCAAUCAAGUUCGCGGUCUUUUGACUAAAUCAAAUUUCGACGAAUUGAAAUAAGUCGAAAAUUCAGAGGCGGCUGGCGCGGUGUUUUGCAAGACGAUGGUCCCUGUUUAGGUGUUGAAAUGGUUUAAUAUCCAGUCUUUGCUGACACAAAUUUACAAAAUGACUUUUGAAAGUUUAAACUAUUAUAAACUUAGCAAGUUCGACAUUUUAAUAGAUUAAUUGGAAGUAUUAAAAAAAGAUGAAUAGCGAUGUACAUUAUGUUAUACCUAAUGAUCUCACAAAAAAUAUGCUCGCAAUUUUUAAAUAUCUGGAAGGUAUUUAGGAAAGAUGAAUAGCCGUGUAAACUAUGUUACAUCCAUUGAUAUCACAAAAAUAUGUUGUUAUCAGUCGGGAAAUGUGAUAAAACUCCAUUUCCAUUUUAUAAUUUGCUUAUUUGUUUGGAUGUUAACAUGUUUGCUCUUUGCAUUCUGUAAUGUUAAUGUGUGAUUGAUUUCCAAACUAAGAAUCUCUUUCAAGAAGCAUUCCCAACAAUAUUUUCUACGUCUGAUAAGUUUGUAUUAGUGUUGUGAAUGUAAACUGACCAAAUAUAUCUAAACUAGAGUACUCACUGACAACGUUAUAAGACGAUUCAAAUGGCCUAAGCCAGUAUAACUACCUGAGCUCGUUUGGCGAGAAACAUAUUUUCACACAUUAUGAAUGGUAGGAAACACCUUGUGGACGCGUAAACCCUAAAUUUAUGUUCAUUUUGUUAACAAUUUAACGCUUAAUAAACUUCACUCAUGGUUUAAAUUUAUCGCCUCCUCAUAGGCCUUGACUCAGUGAACGAGACGUUUCUUACAUUCAAUUCUCUAACGUUUCCUAUCCAAA